UUAUGACUUAUCAUAUAAUACUGUAUAAUGUAUUUCAUAUAAUAUAAUGUUUUAUAAAUUGUUAAUAAAUUAAUAACAUUUAUUGAUUGUAAUGUCGACUUCAAUGGUUAGACAGUGCACCACAAGUGUCACAAAUGUGAUACGUCUGUUGAAAACUACUAACAACUACUUGAUGGACAUGAAUGGCAUUAUGAGGACAUCCAGCAGACACAAAUCAAGUGGUGAUCCUAAUGACGAUUACAUUAAUUUGGUCACAAUUUAUGAUAAUAACGUUAAGAAAAAUGCAUUGAGAGAAGAUAAUUAUCAACGGGAAAUAGUUGACCACUUGGAGCAACUGAACCGUAAACUAAGGGACUAUAGACCCGAUAAAAAGACAAUUAUGAGCCGAUUGUGGUCAACACCAGUCAAGAAACCAAGAGGUCUUUAUUUGUACGGAUCGGUCGGUUGCGGCAAAACAAUGCUUAUGGAUCUCUUCUAUGAGAACUGUUGUUUGGCCACGAGUUCCAAACGACGCGUCCAUUUCCACUCUUUUAUGAUUGACUUUCAUACCCGUGUCCAUAAGCUCAAGAAACAACAUCAAUCGGAUCGUCGUUUUGAUCCAAUUGCAAGUGUCGCUCAGUCUAUUUGCGACGAUUCAUACUUAUUAUGUUUGGAUGAGUUUCAGGUCACUGAUAUCGGCGAUGCAAUGAUAUUAAAAUUGCUGUUUAACCAGUUGUUUGCUAACGGCAUUAUAAUGGUGGCCACUUCUAAUAGACAUCCCGAUGAUCUAUACCUCAAUGGUCUUCAACGAAGUAAUUUUCUGCCAUUUAUUCCUUUACUAAAGAAUAAUUGUUAUGUAAUAUCAUUGGACUCUGGAAUAGAUUAUCGACAGAAAUCAUUGCCAUCCAAACAAAUUUAUUUUCUUAUAGAAGAAGACGCCGAAAAAGAAUUGCAACGAAUGUUCAAAAUAUUGUCGAGUCGUGAGAACGACACGAUUAGACCAAAAACAGUGACAAUCAAAGAACGUAACGUAACAUUUGCCAAGACUUGCGGCCGAAUAGCUGAUUGUACUUUUGAUGAACUGUGUGAUCGCCCUUUGGGUGCCAUUGAUUACCUAAUGAUGUCUCAACUGUUCCAUACAAUAAUUAUAAGAAAUAUACCACAAAUGAAUUUAUUGAAGAAAACUCAAUGCCGAAGGUUUAUAACACUAAUCGAUACAUUAUAUGAUAAUAGAGUUCGCGUCCUGUUCUCAGCACAAGUGCCUCCUAACCAACUGUUCUUAACCGAUAAAAUAAGCCAUGAAUUAGAUUUGGAGGACGAAAGCCGCAAACUUAUGGAUGAUUUAGGCAUACAAUUGGGAAGUGAACACUCAAAAGCAAAUAUCUUCAGCGGUCAGGAAGAGGUAUUUGCUUUCGAGCGAACCAUAUCUCGAAUCACUGAAAUGCAAACUAAAGAUUAUUGGAACUCAAGAGAAAUCUAUACAUAAUUUUUUUUUCUAUA